CACUGUUUUAAAAAUUAGCUGUACAGAAAGGAAGUAUGAGUUUCUUAGCAUUUACACUAUUUGUGUGCCUGUGUGCAUCUCAUGAUUUUGUAAGCGGUGAAAACCAAACGUUGAUGGACACAGUUUUGGUUGAGUUAGGACACUCAGUAACAUUGAAUUGCACUUACAACUGUUCAUCUCCGUUUGUUCGUGUUUGUUGGAUUACUGAAAAGGAAGAAUGCAUGCCAGGGGAACUAAACAAAGAAACAGUUUGCACUGUGUCUCUUUCACUGCAAAACGUCUCCAGAAAAGAUCUGAAAGAAUACUUUUGUAAAACUGAAAUUAGUGAUGCCAUACAAUUGCAGAAAAAGACAGAGCGGGUUGUGCUGCUAAAACUCAGAGAUCAGACAAGCAAUGCUGUGACACACAAAACUGAAACUACAAAAGUCUCUCUCCAGUCUGAGUCCAACACUUCAAGACCAACUGAUAAGUCUGGGAUGAAAGACGGAAUGAAAGUUUUAGCAGCACUCACCAUCACAGUAGCAUUAAUCCUAGCAACUUUAGCAGUCUACCUGUGUCUCACUCGAAGAAGACAUGGUUCUAAUGGUAAAGAACACCAGCCUUCAGUUAACAUGUCCAAGUCCAAGUCACCUAAGGCGUCCAGUAGAACUGUGCCAUUAAAUAAGGACCCAACGUCAAAACAAAGUGAAAGAGUCAUACUGAGAAUUCCAACUCCAGAAAUUGAAGGCGACCCUGAAGUGCCAUAUGCUGACAUAGUAAUAAGCGUACGAGGUGCAAGUACACCAGACAUCUCACAAGCUCUUUACUUAAAUUCUACUGAUCGUAAUGAGUUGUGGGGCGUUCAUCCUCGAACUCACCUGCAGGCCGCGCGCUCUGCUGACAUGCUGCACGUGCCUCAGCCUAGAGACGUGUGUAGGAAAAUGAGCACCACCUCAGACUACGCUAUUAUUACAUAUACGUGAAAAAAAGCUUAAAAUUCAAUGUAUAGUCGUAAAAUAUUGCAUUGUAUGAAAGCUGUGUACUAUAAAACAUAAACUGUAAAAAUAACAGAUUAUUUCUUGAAAUUAUUGAAUAUAUGUUACCCAUUACAUAUUGUUGUUGAGUAUUAUAUCGACACGGUGUAUGUAUCAAAUAAUCCAAAUUAAACACCUAUGUUUUUAA